AUGUCACAGCUGAGCCUGUCCUGGCUGGGACUGGCGCCUGAGGUGGCUUCCCCAUGGCAGCUCAUGAUGCUGGUUGGGGCCCUCUGGCUCCUGGCCAGAAUUCUGACCCAGAUCUAUGCUGCCCAUGGGAACUAUCAUCGCCUCCGUGGUUUCCCUCAGCCCCCCAAACAGAACUGGCUUAUGGGUCAUGUGGGCAUGGUAACUCCUACAGAGCAGGGCAUGAAGAAACUGACACAGUUGGUGGUCACCUACCCCCAGGGCUUUAUGAUGUGGAUGGGCCCAAUGUUCCCCAUUAUCACUCUGUGCCACUCUGACAUCGUCAGAUCUAUCCUCAAUGCCUCAGCUGCAGUUGCGCUCAAGGAUGUGAUAUUCUACAGCUUUCUGAAACCUUGGCUGGGGGACGGGCUCUUGGUGAGUGCUGGUGACAAGUGGAGCCGUCACCGUCGCAUGCUGACACCCGCCUUCCAUUUCAACUUCCUGAAGCCCUAUGUGAAGAUUUUCAAUGACAGCACCAACAUCAUGCAUGCCAAGUGGCAGCACUUGAUCUCCAAAGGCAGCACCCGUCUGGACAUGUUUGAGCACGUCAGCCUCAUGACUCUGGACAGUCUACAGAAAUGCGUCUUCAGCGUUAACAGCAACUGUCAGGAGAAGUCCAGUGAAUAUAUUGCUGCCAUCUUGGAGCUCAGUGCUCUAGUAGCUAAAAGGCACCAGCAGCCUCUGCUGUACAUGGACCUGCUGUACCAUCUCACCCCUGAUGGGAUGCGCUUCCGUAAGGCCUGCAGCUUGGUGCAUGAAUUCACUGACGCUGUCAUCCAGGAGCGGCGCCGCACCCUCCCAGAUCAAGGUUUAGAUGACUUCCUUAAGACCAAGGCUGAGUCCAAGACGUUGGAUUUCAUCGAUGUGCUGCUGCUGAUCAAGGAUGAAGAUGGAAAGGAGCUGUCAGAUGAGGACAUCAGAGCGGAGGCUGACACCUUCAUGUUUGAGGGCCAUGACACCACAGCCAGUGGGCUCUCCUGGAUCCUGUACAACCUGGCGAAGCACCUGGAGUACCAGGAGCGCUGCCGGCAGGAGGUGCAGGAGCUGCUGAGAGACCGAGAGCCUCAGGAGAUUGAGUGGGACGACCUCAACCAGCUGCCCUUCCUGACCAUGUGCAUCAAGGAGAGUCUGCGGCUGCAUCCCCCAGUCCCUGUCAUCUCCCGCUGCUGCACCCAGGACGUUGGGCUCCCAGAUGGCCGGGUCAUCCCUAAAGGUGUCAUCUGCCUCAUCAGCAUCUUUGGCAUCCAUCACAACCCAUCUGUGUGGCCCGACCCUGAGGUCUAUGAUCCCUUCCGCUUUGACCCUGAAAACAUCAAAGACAGGUCACCUCUGGCAUUUAUUCCCUUCUCAGCGGGGCCCAGGAACUGCAUAGGACAGACUUUCGCCAUGAACGAGAUGAAGGUGGCGCUGGCGCUGACACUGCUGCGUUUCCGCGUCCUGCUGGAUGACAAGGAGCCCCGCAGGCAGCCGGAGCUGAUCCUGCGUGCAGAGGGCGGGUUGUGGUUGCGGGUGGAGCCGCUGAGCACGGACUCGAAGUGA